UGCCCACAACAAUAAAAGACACGUGUAGAUAUAAAGAAAAAGUGAUGAAGGCUGACCUUCGUUCUGCUGCAAUUGUCUGCGGAGCCCUAGCUGGGGUUAUUGGAAGCGGGGCAGUCUUGUGGCGUUUGUGGAAACUGAGAAUAGGCUGUCGUGGCAAUGAAAAUCCUUACGAGACGUGCAAACUUGUAGACGAGUACAUGGCUCUUCACUAUGCCGCACCUUCAGAAUAUUUUACGUACACUUUCGGUCCAAAGGAGGCUGUAGACUUUCCACUUCGUUGUGCUCAACUGUGUAAGAGACACAAGAGUACUGCAGUUAUAUCACGUGCUCUUGACGUGGGUUGUGCCGUUGGUCGUUCAACGUUUGAGCUAGCGACUGAUUUUGACGAAGUGAUCGGUAUUGACUUUUCACAAGCUUUCAUUGAUAAGGCUAGAGAUAUGGUUAGAGACGGAUCAGCUCCUUACCAUAUGACAGUUGAAGGAGACUUAACCUCUGACAUGGAAGCCAGAGUCUCCUCUAACAUAGAAAGGAACAGGGUCAGGUUCAAUGUUGGUGAUGCAUGUUCUUUACCUGAUGAUCUGGGACAGUUUGGUCUCGUACUUGCUGCCAAUCUUAUCUGUAGACUCCCAAGACCGUUGGACUUCCUUAACAAACUCAAAGACCUUGUGGUACCAGCUGGCAUUUUAGUAAUAACAAGUCCAUACACAUGGCUGGAGCAAUACACUCCUAAGAGUUACUGGAUUGCUGGUUUCAUGCAAAAUGGCGAAAGGAAGAGAGGCUUUGAUGCUCUAAAGGACAUCCUUUCUCCUGAUUUCAUUUUAUUAGAAGAAGAUAAUAUGCCGUUUUUGAUACGUGAGACAUGUCGCAAGCAUCAGUGGACAGUGGCUCAUGCAACAGUAUGGAUGAGAAGAAUCCAAUGAGACUAUCAAUAGACAAGAACCUAUAAUCACAGUAUUAUAUGCAUGAUGCUUACUGUUCUAUUGGUUAUUAGAAUUUGAUACUUAAAUUAA